AUGAUCAAGUCCGCUGCCUUUGCGCUCCUCUCCCUUGCGACCGCUGUCUUGGCACAGUCGUCUGCCCCUUCGAACCAGUGCCAGACGUUCCUCCAAAGCCUCAACAACGACCAGGGCAUCAGCGGUUGUCUCAACGCCCUCAUUGGCGCAACAUCCGACUUUGACCCAAGCAACACUGCCAAUGGCGGCAAUGCGACUUCUGCUGCCGCCAUCACUGCUGCCCUGAAUAAGAUUUGCCCCGCCAGCUUUACCGCUUGCGACGAGUCCAAGAUUCGCAUGAAGCUCGCCGAAUUCUACACGCAGUGCCAGGCCGAUCUCCUCGGUACAAAUGGCGAUGGCACCAACGGCAACAAGGAUAUCAUCAACACCUAUGACGUUCUCUACCUCCUCGUCCCGCUCAAGAAUGCCAUUUGCUCGCGAGAUACGGACGGCAAGUUUUGCGUCAACAAGAUGUCCCCCUCGACCUCGACUUCGGCUUCUGCUACUGGCACCGCGAGCGGAAGCGCUUCUUCAAGCUCUGCCACCACCCCCGCACGGCGCUACAUCGAGCCAUAUAUUGUCGCACGUGGACCCGAAGACAACACCAACAGCACUUCUGGCCAGCUCACGUUGGGCGGACUCGGCGGCCAAAGCGACCAGAUGCGCAACGAUGGUCUCCCUUACCUCUUCAUGACCACCAACACGACCGACGCCGAAUUGUGCACGCACUGCACGGCCGAAGUCGUCGGCGCGUACAUUGCGUUUGAAAACGUGACGCCAUAUGCGCUCGGUUUGACGCGUAGCCCAAUCCUCAGCGGCCAAGCUGCGCUCUGGCAGAGGCUCAAGACGUGCAAUGGUGGCCAGCUCGUCAGGGAUAUUCUUGCCGCUUCAGUCGGCUCGGAGCCGCAGUAUAAUGCUGCGUUUGCCGGUGCGGGCGUCAACACUUGGCUCGCGGGCGGUGCCGCGCUCUUGUUUGGUGCUACUGCUCUCUUCUAA